GGGUUACUCGGGCACUUCCUUGGAGAUUUGGGACGACCAGUGAUGGGAGGUUUGAUCACAGGAUCAUACCAAGAAGGACUUUGAUUGUGAGGGGUGACAGGAUUCAGUCAGGUGCAAAGACUGCCCUUGCUGAACCAUCACAAGAACGGGAGAUCUUCCGUACUCUAUCCAGAACCAUGUCGGGAAAGCAGCAUUUCAAGCUCGAGGGCCUCGUGGUUGCGAUUGUCACCCCCUUCCAGCCCUGCAACCUCCGAGUGGAUGAGGACAGCUUUGUCAAGUACCUCCAGUAUCUUUGGGACGCUGGAGUGAGGAGCAUCAUCGUGAACGGGACAACAGGCGAGUUUACAUCCAUGACUAUGGAGGAGCGCAUGCAUAUCACCGAGCUUGCAAGGGCCCACUGGCCUGGAAUCAUGGUCAACAACGUUAGCGCUGCGUCCUACCAGGAUGCCCUGGCUCUACUGGAGCACAGCCAGCAGCCCAUCGCCGGCGCAGAGGCAAAGGUGGACGCGGCGCUGCUGCUGCCGCCCUACUACUUCUCUGCUGCGCCUGAGGAGGGCCUGGAGCGGUGGCUGCGCCAUGUGCUGGAGGAGGCGCACCAGCCGGUCUUCCUCUACAACUUCCCCGCACACACAGGCAACAUGAUCGGGCCGGCGCUGUACGCACGGCUGGCGCAUGAUUUCCCGCUGCUGCGUGGCAUCAAGAACACAUUUGACGACGUCCCCAUGGCGCAGCAGUUUAAGUAUGCAAUGCCAGACCGCCAGGUGUUCAUCGGCUCGGACAAAAUGGCGCUCGAGGCGGCGGAGGCCGGCCUGGAUGGCAAUGUGUCAUCAGGGGGUGGCAGCGCCAUUGUCUCCGCCAUGCUGGCGACGGUUGACGCGGCCGUGAAGGGCGAUGACGAAUCCGCUGAGUCUGCCUUUGCAUCUGUCACCUCCUGGCACGAUCAGAGGGAGGGCAUGGGGGUUCUGGACAUCCCUGCUGCUAAGGUGGCACUGGCAAGCACCAUUGAGGGCUUCUCAGCCACUGUGCGCCCACCGCUGCUGCCCGCCAGCAGGGAGCAGCAGCAGCAGCUGCAGGAUGCCAUGCACCGGCUAAACAACAGCAAGUCCUGAGACUUGCUGGCCUGUCAACCUCAGGUCGGUCUGCCAUAGCGAGCACUUGGCUUGGCUAAUAUCUCUCAUAAUUCCAUGGGACUCGGGGUUCGAUAAUAAUGAUUGCGAAAGGCCCAGCCACAUUCUAAGGUGCAGUAGUAAGCAAGAGUAGGAGAUCAAUUGAGAUUGCAAGACAACCUGAGGGAUUCAAUGGAGUUGAUUGGCCAU